AAUUCCAAAACAAUCCGCGGGGGCUUACGGACCGCCGGGGUGGGCCAGGGUUCUGAUGUUUCUACGCACCAGUCAUAAAUCUGCUAAAGGGCGGAAAGACAACCACAUACAGCAAUCGCGGUUCUCAAAAUAAAAAGAGGCGGUUUCAAAGGCGGGACACACCCGAUGUCUUCUUCCGAAGGUAUGAUUAGAUAGAUGAUGACAAAUCAUGACCAAUCAUAAUCGAGGGGAGCAGUGUGCCAGUUUACACAUGUAGGGCGCUUUGUGUCGCGUUGGGAAUGGACUGUCCAGUUAUUCGGGGACCUGGCCGAUAAUCUGGCCGCCAAUUACUACAGCACAUCGGGGUCUCAUGUAAUCAGGAGAGUUUCAAACAUGCGAUUCCACGCAGGUGAAAUUAGAAACCUACGGCACCAUCAGUUUCGAUGCAACGUCGUCCUGAAUAAAUAUUUAAACUUAACCUUGAAAUGGGAUCAGUGCCAGUCUCGAACAGAGAAAUUCUGCUUUAUUCUUUAAUUCGCGUAUACUACGCUAUUUUUUGGCGACACGAUUUUAUGUAAUACAAACAACUAUACUGGCGCUUGAGAAUAUGAACGAUUUGACAGGAAUUCAGUUUUUCCCCCGUUCCAAGCGACAGACCGGGACUUUCCUCAGUUAGCGUUAAUGGGCGGUAAUUAUGGAGGUCCCAUGAGCCCAAAUUCAAACAAACGGAAGUCUGGAGAUGUUCAGACGGAGACAGACCGCACAAUCAGACAUGCAGAGGAGAAACUUGUGCAGCCCGGUUAAAAAUCGCAACAUGAAAACACAUUAAACGCACAGGUCACUACUUCAUGUUCUUAGGUCAUGUAUGACUAAAUGUUAAUACAUUCUUAAAAGGCAUUAUCUUACAUUCAUUAACAUAUGCCCUUACCCAGAGCGACUUAGAACGUAGGAACGUAUACAUGCGGUCGCCUAAUUAAUAUGACCAAUGGCGAACAACAUCCCCAGACCAGCGAGUGGAGGUGCUGCAUCACUAAAGCAAGCUAACCCAGUCAUAGAGAACUUCAGUAGGGUCAAAACCUAUAUAUGCAUUCCACCAAUGUGGAAAUAAGUGAAGUACAGAGCACACACACACAUACUCACACAGGCACAUGCAUACGCACACACACACUCACACACACACACACACACAUACACUCACACACACACAUGCAUGUUUGUAUUGCUAUACUUGUGAGGACUUUCCAUUGACUUACAUUCGUUCCGUAACCCCUAACCCUAACCCCAGCCACUACAUGCCUAACCCUAACCUUAACUUAAUUCUAACCCUAACCUUAACCCUAACCUUAACUUAAUUCUAACCCUAACCUUAACCUAAUUCUAACCCUAACCUUAACCUAAUUCUAACCCUAACCUUAACUUAAUUCUAACCCUAACCUUAACCCUAACCUUAACUUAAUUCUAACCCUAACCUUAACCCUAACCUUAACUUAAUUCUAACCCUAACCUUAACCCUAACCUUAACCUAAUUCUAACCCUAACCUUAACCCUAACCUUAACUUAAUUCUAACCCUAACCCUCAGUCUUAACCCUAAAACAGCCUCUUGAACUUGUGGGGACCAGCAAAAGGUCCCCACCUUGUGUAAUUUUCUUCAUCUUUUUAUCCUUGUGGGGACAUUUGGUUCUCACAAAGAUAGUAAUACAUGCCCACACACACACACAGUAAUACCUUAUUCAGACCUGGGUCAAAUUCUUUCUGAUUACUGAGACAUUAUUGGUCAGUUAUUAAUUAUGAGUAGUUAACACACCUUUAUAUUUUCACAGUACUCUUUCACAUGAUUGUACGUUUUGUUAUGGGUUUGUUUUGUUGCAAUACCUUAAGGCACAUUUUAGCAGCAUCUCAUGUUUUUAAAAAUCCAGUGUUUACAAUUUUUAGUAGCAUCUAGUGUUUUGAAUACAUAUUUCACACAGGUUUUACCCUGAUACUAACUUCAAGAAACUGCAUUAAUUUUUGCAUGCCACUUAACUCAGAAAGAAAUAUGACUGCAAAAUUGAAAAAGUAAAAUGUUAGUAAGCAGAGGGAGUGACAGAGAGGGGUGGGGAGGGAUUUCUAUCGGUGGUUUUGUGUAAACAGGCUGUAAUAUAAACAGGAGAUGAGGAAGUGAUAAUGAGAUUAAGGGAAAGGGUGCAACACAAACAAUUCAAACUGAAGCACAGCCACACAGAGAUACCCUGCAUUCAGUGAGAGAAUCUGCAUCCAGCGAGAUACCCUCCAUCCAGCGAGAUACCCUCCAUUCAGUGAGAUACUCUGCAUUCAACAAGAGAACCUGUGCUCACAGAGAGAACCUGCAUCCAGUGAGAGAACCUGUGCUCACAGAGAGAACCUGCAUCCAGUGAGAGAACCUGUGCUCACAGAGAGAACCUGCAUCCAGUGAGAGAACCUGUGCUCACAGAGAGAACCUGCAUCCAGUGAGAGAACCUGCAUCCAGCAAGAGAACCUGCAUCCAGCAAGAGAACCUGCAUCCAGUGAGAGAACCUGCACUCACAGAAAUACUGCAGAUACAGAGGGAAAGAUACACAGACAUACGGGUAGAUGUGGAUAUGAUGUGGUGAGGCAGCAACAGGAGCAUGAUGAUGAUGAUGAGAUGAAGACAAGACCACCAGCCAGUCACAGAAUUGACGUGGAGCGGGAGAGCCAAUGAAACAAGCCGACGCUGAGAGGCCCCUCCCUCUGGGACUUGACGAACUCUGGCCCUCCUUCUUCAGCCCCACACCCCGGCUCUGCCUAAACACCUUGGACUUCUCAGACCUGUGGGACGAGGAGGACCUGGGCCUGGACAGCGCAGAGGAGAACAGGGCCCUGUCCUCUCAGGACUUUCCAAAAUCAGCUCCUCCUCCUCCACCUGCUCCGCCCCCUCCACCCGCCCCGCCACGCCCUGCCCCGCCCACCAGCCGUACUCUCCGGCUCCACUGGAGGGCGCUGCACCACCUGCCCCUCCUCCCUCGCAUUGGACACUUUGGACCCCAAACAAUCUGGGCGGGGCUUGAACCCGUGGAGCUUGACACCCAAAACCUGGAGCACCUUUUUGAGAGCAAAAACAAUACCCUCAGUGUGGAGGGGGCAAGGAGGAGACAGCACUAUAUCUCUGUGUUGACGGUAAAGCGCAGUAACAUCAUCACCAUCACCCUCAGCAGCCUGCCCCCCCCUCACCUGCUGCCCCCCGCCAUCCUGAGCAUGGACUGCUGUGUGCUGGACCGGGAGGACCUGCAGAAGCUACAGACUCUGGUGCCCAGUCAGGAGGAGCUGUGCCUCAUCCAGGAGGCCCAGGCCCAGUCUCCAGGCUCACCAUUGGCCCCGGCUGAGCUCUGUCUCACCACGCUGGGAGCCAUCCCUCACCUGAGACCAAGGCUUCAGCUCUGGGCCUUUGCUUUAGACUAUGACACACUUGAAAGAGAAAUUGCAGAGCCUCUAUUUCACCUCAAGCAGGCCAUGGAGCAGCUGGCCACCAGCCAGACCUUCCACCGUAUCUUAGCAACUGUGCUAGCCAUCGGCAACUUUCUCAACGGAUGCAAGGCACGGGGGUUCGAGCUCAGUUACCUGGGAAAGCUGUCUCAGGUGAAGGACACACACAGCCGGCAGCCACUGCUUCAGCACGUCUGUGCUUUGCUGCUGCAGCUCUACCCACAAUCCUCGGACCUGCUCUCCGAGCUCACAGCUGUCACACGCGCCAGCAAGUGGGAGUACUCGCAGGUGGGGUCAAACCUUGCGCAGCUGCAGGCCCGCUGCAAGGCAUGCUGGGAGCAGCUGAACCUGCUGGAGCAGGUGGAGGACGGGCAGGAGCAUGCGGAGAGCCUGAGAAAGAAACUCCCUCACUUCCUGAGAGAGAGCGAGGAGAGACUGAGCAUUCUGAAGGCUGUACAUCGCCGAGUCAUCAACAGGUUCCACUCCUUCCUGCUGUAUUUGGGGUACACUCCACAGUCAGUGCGCUCCCUGAGAGCGGAGACCUUCUGCAAAAGCAUCAGCGACUUCGCUCUGGAAUACAAAACCGCUCGACACGCCAUCCUCCAACGAAGGGAGAGAGAGGAGAGGGGCACCCCAAAUACCCCCACCCCUCGCCAUACCCCCACACAGGAGAGUUUGGAGCAGUACAUGUUGGAGGAGAUUCUGCGCACACCUGAAUCCACCCACUUUGACCCCAUUCUGCCUCGUCACCGAAAUAAACACACAGGUGUUCUGUCCCGGAGGCUGAAGUGGUGAGAGGGAAUCUGUCUGGGUGGCACACCUGGAUUCAGGGCACACCUGGAUUCACUGCACACUGGCUGCUCUGAAACUCACCAUUCCACAGACACACCGCCUGCACUUGGAGAAUGAAGAACUAAAGCCUGCAGUUUCUCUCUCUCCAUCUCUCUCUCUCUCUCUAAACUCCAUUGUAGCUCACUGGAGUUCAAACCAAGAGUAGCUUUAUCACACACAUGCACACACCCACACAAUCACACACAUGUAAACACAUGCACAAUCACACACGCACACAAGCACAGUGAAGCUGCUCAGUGGCCAACAAUAGAGGAUUGUGAUUGUACUGGGCAGCUCCCAGGUGUGAAUGUGUAUGAGUGUGAAGCAGGGCGUUGCUGCAAAAGAGCAUCUGUGCUCAGCGAACCUACCCUGGGUAAAUAAAGGUUAAAUAAAUAAAAAAUUUUAAAAAACAUAUCACAUGCAUAUCUUGUUGGCCUUGCACGCUGGCACACUGCUCAGGGAAACAUAGAUAAGUCCUCACAAACAGAAUAGUUCUGUCCUGCUUCUCUCCUCGGGGAAACAUAGAUAAGUCCUCACAAACAGAAUAGUUCUGUCCUGCUUCUCUCCUCGGGGAAACAUAGAUAAGUCCUCACAAACAGAAUAGUUCUCUCCUGCUUCUGUAGUCCUAUAAGUGAGCAAACAGUGCAACAACAUAUACUUUACAAAUUCAACACAAUGAAAAAUAAAUUAUUUUCUUAAAUGCUAUAA